AGUUUUAUUAUUUAUCAAAAUAAGCACAUUUAUGUUUUGUAUUGACAAAGUAGCCCCUCUUGUUUUCAUUUUUACUUCCUCCUCCCUCACCAUCAAUUAAUCGUCUUCUCGGUUCUUACUUCCUCCGGUCGCCGACGAAUUCUGCUUUGAAGUGGGUUUAUUGCAGAGCAAGUAUGAUGGGGUCGAGAGGAAUAAUCAGCGAUAAGUGGUCAAUGAGGAUUCUCUGGGGCUGUGCACUCGGAAGUGCAGUUGGUUUAUACAUGGUUGCUGUAGAAAGACAAACCCAGAACAGAGCACGUGCUUUGGCUGAAGGUUUGAGAGCUGCUGAAUCACAAGCUGGUGAUGCCUGAUAAUACUCUCUGAAAUCUACCAAGUGCUGUGUUUUUUAUUUCAUCUUUUAGAUACACUAUAUAAUAACAUCUUGUUCCUAUAAUAGUUUUUGAUGCACUUUCUUGUUGGCAACUAAUCCUAAAACGAGUUCGAAAACUUGUAAGAGUUGAAGUUGCUUGAACAUACAAUUUGUGUUAUGGAAUAAAGCUGCUUCUUACCUUUCU